ACGGUACGUGGCAUGGCCGUGGGGCUGCAUCUCCGAGCCUGGGCUUGGGCAGCUCUGGGGCUCUGCCUGGUGGCUGGAUCCCGCGGACAUAGAGGCGAGUCCACGGCCAAUGCUGGCAGCAGCCAUUCUCCCCAGGAGCCAGAGGACGUGGACGUGAUGUUUGAGCUGCUCUGGGGCGGGCUGGAGCUGGACGGCGACGGGCAGCUCCGGCCGCAGGACGAAGAACUGGCGUCGAUGCGCUCCGGCCGCCGGCUCGCCCACCUCCUGCAUCACCGGGCGUCCAGCGGCCUGGCCGGGGUGGAGCGGCGGGUGCAGCAGCUGGAGCGGGAGGCCGCCCCUCUGGACCCCGUGGGCUUCGAGCAGCUGGUCCUCACCAGCUUGUUCUGCGCCUACCGGCUCCAGGCGGCGCAGGGGGAGGAGAGGGGCCAGUGGAUCCAGCUUUUCUUCCGCCUGGUGCAGGAAACCCUCCGGGACCUGUGCAAAGGCUUUUGUCCACAGGGUCACCCGUCCCCGCUGGCCCUGUGGGCAGUCCUGAAUCCCCCGCCACAGUGACCUCACCACCCCUUCCCCGGCCCAGGCAGGAGGUCCCCCCCCCGACUCUGGAUGCUGAAUGCCCGGCUGCUUCGUUUCGACGCCCUACACCCCCACCCUUCAUCCCUCUUCUCUCCCCACCUCCCCCAGGCGUCCCAGGAGCCGGGGCUCCUCUCCCUUCUUCUUUAGGCUUCCGCCCCUCUCCGGUCCACGCGGGAGUCCCUGGGGGGCUAUUAUUCAAAGAUCCAGUGGUAAGACAGUCUGGCUCCUGGGGGAGAGGAAGGUAGGGGUGGGUGGAGGCCCAGAAAUGCCGGGAAGGGGUUGAGUUGGAGAGUGAGAGGUGAGGUUUGGGAAGAGAGGGGACGUUGGGAGGGUGACCUGCCCAGCCCCGGGUGAGCUCUCCUCGGGUUGGGCACCCUGGGGCCUCUGCAGGGCCUCGGGGAGGUAGAAAGGCAACAGAAAGAGAACACUUUUUCCCUCGCCACCCACCCUGCCGGGGAGCUCGGAUAUCAGGAGGGGCUGAGCUCAGGCCUGGCCCACGAGGUCUCUCCAUUUCCCCGAGGGCUUUGACAAGGGCCUGCUCCAACUCAGUGAGGUGCUGGGGGUUAGGAUGAACCCUUUCCCAGCCCUAGGGCGUUUUCCCGGUCAGCCUGCGUCAUUCCCCUGCCCUCUCCUCCUCCUCCUCAACAUUCGUCUGCCCCUCUGGAAGCAGCUGGAGAGACCCUUAAAGGGGACCCGGCCCCUGCCCCGGAGGGAGCAGGAGGGAGGGUGCCGGUGGAGACCGGCCAGUAGGAUCGAGCAGGGCCCCGGGCUCCGCUGGGCUGUGCCAGUGACCGUGGCAGGUGCCGGAAAGGCCGAGAAAGCAGCCCCACCCGGGGGCUGAGCUGACGCCGCAUGUCGAUCUUCUGAGUAAAGCGCUCUGCACAGCUGCUCCGCUGUGGCUUCCUCCCCGGCACGGUCCACUGGCACGGGA